AUGGGAACACAUCUUUACAGUGUUAACACUAUAGAAAAGUUGACCAUCAUUAAAAACUUUAUAAACGGUAGAGCUGAGGACUACUGGGUGGGUCUGAACGACAUCGAUCUAGAGGAUCACUUUGUGUCGGAGGAAGAUGGAAUGGAGAUCUCAGUUGCUAUGAGAAACAUGCUGUUUUAUCCAGGUCAGCCCAAUGGAGGCAGGGGCCAGAACUGUGUACGCUAUGACUACCAGUGGUAUCCCUUCAGUGAUUAUGACUGUGCCGCAAUGCACAGGUUUCUCUGUGAGCUUAGCCCGCCAUAG